GUUCCGCCCUCUUGGUUUAUUCGUUUUUCUCGUUUUCACCACUGAUGCCGUUAUUUGUCAGCGUUUUGCAUUGACCGACACGUUUUCAGCUUAAACGUGCGCAACGAUGGGACUAUACAACUGAUCGACUGAUCGUGAAAUUGCGUCUGAAGGGGUUUUUGAGAUCGCAGAAAAAAAUGGAACAAAGACAACGCUUUCAUCAGCUGGAGCUGAACGUGAAACUCGCUUUCAUUGCCGUAUCGCUGUUUUUUGGGAGCGCAGUUUGGGCACAAAUACGCUACUCGAUUUCUGAAGAGCAGAAGGACGGAGCUGCUGUGGGGAAUAUCGCGAAGGAUUUGGGUAUUGAUCACAGAACACUAAAGGAACGAGGAUUUCGCAUCGUCUCGACCUCAGGCGAGUCCAUGUUCAGUGUAAAUCAGAAUGACGGUGUCUUGUAUGUGAACGGUAAGAUAGACAGAGAGGAGGUGUGCGAAAGAAGCACCCCGUGUUUAAUCAAUCUGAAAAUCGCUCUAGAAAACCCACUAGAAAUUCAUUAUGUCGCUGUAGAGAUAUUGGAUGUAAAUGAUCACAGUCCACAGUUUCCCGAGAAUGAAAAGCGGCUGGAAAUUUGGGAAUCUGCUAUGCCAGGCGCGCGCUAUCCGCUACAGGCUGCGCGUGAUCCUGAUAGUGGAAUCAAUUCGGUUCAAACAUACAAACUCAGCAAUAACGACCAUUUCCGUCUUGAUAUUAAAGACCGAGAAGAUGGUAAAAUUCCAAUUCUGAUUUUACACAAACCACUUGACAGAGAAGUGACUAAAAACAUAAAAUUAUUACUAACUGCUUUAGAUGGGGGGAGACCUCCUAAGUCUGGCUCAAUAGAUAUAUUGAUUGAUGUACUGGAUAUAAACGAUAAUGUGCCUGUAUUCACAAAAGAAACAAACACUGUUAUACUGAAUGAAAACGCACCUGUGGGCACAACAAUUGUACAGAUUAAUGCCACUGAUUCGGACGAGGGUCAAAACGGACAGGUAGUUUAUGCUUUAGGAAAUAAUGUUAAUGAUAAUUUACGUGAACUUUUUGAAGUUAAUUCAAUCACUGGAGAAAUUAUUGUGACUGGCCUUUUAGAUUUUGAGGUCAAAGACAUAUAUGAAAUUGACAUUCAGGCAUCUGACAAAGGAACUGUUCCUCUUGCUACGGAUAAAAGUGUAGUCAUAAAAAUCGUCGAUGUAAAUGAUAAUUCACCGGAAAUAGAGGUGACAUCAUUUUCAAGCGCCAUUCCAGAGGAUUCUAGACCUGGUACUACAGUGGCUUUGAUAAGUGUCACUGAUUUAGACUCUGGGCUCAAUGGGAAGAUCUCCUGUUCACUGUCCGAUGAUUUACCUUUUAAACUAAUGCCGUCCUCACAAGAUAAUAUUUAUUCUUUAGUUACGUCUUCUUUACUUGACAGGGAAACUAAAUUUCAGUAUGACAUCACAAUAGUUGCAAAGGAUGCAGGACAGCCAUCACUGUCUUCUGUUAAAACUAUAACUGUUCUGAUAUCAGAUGUAAAUGACAAUAGUCCAGGAUUCUCAUUCUCUCCGUAUGCGUUUUAUGUGAUGGAAAAUAAUGUCCCAGGCAAAUUAUUAUUUUCUGUGUCUGCUUCUGACAAAGACUCAAACGAAAAUGCUGUAGUUAGCUAUCAUAUAUGGAGAGAAAAUACAGAGGAAAACAAAUACACGUCUUUCAUUAAUAUUAACCCUGAAAAUGGGGAGAUUUAUGCGCUCAAGAGCUUUGACUUUGAAACUGUAAAAACUUUCCAGUUCCAAGUUAUUGCUACAGACUCUGGAAGUCCGUCUCUGAGCAGUAACGUGACAGUGAACGUGUUUAUUCUGGAUCAGAACGACAACGUUCCUGUGAUCUUAUAUCCAGUCAGCGCUAACGGUUCUGCUGAGGGUGUGGAAGAGAUUCCCCGGAAUGUGAACGCUGGUCAUUUGGUGACUAAAGUCAGAGCCUAUGACGCAGAUAUAGGAUACAACGGCUGGUUAUUGUUUUCACUGCAGGAAGUUAGUGACCACAGUCUCUUUAGUUUGGACCGCUAUACAGGACAGAUAAGAACCCUUCGCUCAUUCACAGAAACAGACGAGGCCCAGCAUAAACUGCUCAUUCUGGUCAAAGACAAUGGGAACGUUUCACUCUCAGCAACAGCGACUGUGAUUGUCAAAGUUGUGGAGCCCAAAGAGGCUUUUGCAGCUUCUGAUGUUAAAAACACAGUAAAAGACGAAGAGGAAAACGACGUGACAUUUUAUCUGAUCAUCACUUUGGGCUCGGUUUCAGUGCUUUUUGUCAUCAGCAUCAUCGUGUUGAUUGUGAUGCAGUGCUCUAAAUCUACAGACUAUUCGUCCAAGUAUUUACAGGAGACAAAUUACGACGGGACUCUGUGUCACAGCAUCCAGUACAGAUCUGGAGACAAACGGUACAUGUUAGUUGGACCCAGAAUGAGUAUCGGCUCCACAAUAGCGCCAGGCAGUAAUAGGAAUACUCUAGUGAUACCAGAUCGCAGGAGGAGAGAUUCUGGAGAGGUAAGCAAAUGACUCCUACAUCUGUGUAUUAGUUGUAGGAAACAGUUUUAAGACACACGUCGGUUGCUGUCCAUGGU